AUCGGUCGGUCAUCGUCAACUUCCAACCAACAGUCAGCUACUACCAAAUCAUGGGGGUUUGCAAUCCCCUUUUAAGGAUUCUGCUACUUCUCUCUGGCUCCGCAGCAUUGAACUCCUUUUUGGAAUUGGCCCUAACCAUCACUAUCAAACGGGGAAAGGGAUCCUCCUGGGACUGUAUAACAUUGCUUUCCCUCGUUUGCCUAAUUUUGAAGCUCAAGUAUGGCUGAGGAUCUGCAGAAACCAUUACUGGGUCCUGAGAACUUCAACCGGGAAGGGAUUGAUUUGGAAAGAUUACCAUUGGAUGAAGUUUUUGAGCAACUGAAAGCAUCACGAAGAGGACUUUCAUCAGAAGAUGCUGAAGCACGAUUACAGAUAUUUGGUCCCAACAGGCUUGAAGAGAAGCCAGAGAACAAGUUUUUGAAAUUUCUUAGUUUUAUGUGGAAUCCCUUGUCAUGGGUCAUGGAAGCUGCAGCUUUGAUGGCCAUUGCCCUUGCUAAUGGCGGAGGCGAGGGUCCUGACUGGCAGGACUUUGUAGGGAUUGUUUGCCUGCUGAUAUUAAAUUCGACAAUCAGUUUUAUAGAGGAAAAUAAUGCUGGAAAUGCUGCAGCAGCUCUUAUGGCCCGUUUAGCUCCAAAAGCAAAGGUUCUAAGAGAUGGGCAGUGGCAAGAGCAAGAUGCAUCUAUUUUAGUGCCUGGAGAUAUAAUUAGCAUAAAGCUUGGGGAUAUCAUUCCUGCAGAUUCUCGAUUGCUUGAAGGGGACCCAUUGAAAAUUGACCAGUCAGCUUUAACCGGAGAAUCUCUCCCAGUCACCAAGAGGACAGGCGAUGAAGUUUUUUCUGGUUCGACAUGUAAACAUGGUGAGAUUGAAGCUGUGGUAAUAGCUACAGGAGUUCACUCUUUCUUUGGAAAAGCAGCACAUUUGGUUGACUCCACUGAAAGUGUUGGACAUUUCCAGCAGGUCCUUACCUCCAUUGGAAACUUCUGCAUUUGCUCAAUAGCUGUGGGUAUGGUUCUUGAAAUUAUUGUCAUGUACCCUAUACAGCACCGAUCUUACAGGGAUGGAAUCAACAACCUCCUUGUCCUACUAAUCGGAGGAAUACCCAUAGCUAUGCCAACAGUAUUAUCUGUUACACUUGCUAUCGGUUCCCAUCGGCUAUCUCAACAGGGUGCCAUUACAAAGAGGAUGACUGCAAUUGAAGAAAUGGCAGCAAUGGAUGUCCUCUGCAGUGACAAAACAGGAACUCUUACCCUGAACCGCCUCACUGUUGAUAAAAAUCUUGUCGAGGUUUUUAACAAAGAUAUGGACAAAGACAUGAUUCUAUUGCUUGCAGCCAGGGCAGCUAGAUUAGAGAAUCAAGAUGCAAUCGAUGCUGCCAUUGUUAACAUGCUUGGUGAUCCAAAGGAGGCACGUGCAAAUAUCACCCAAGUCCAUUUUCUUCCUUUUAAUCCAGUGGACAAACGUACAGCAAUUACAUACAUAGAUUCAGAUGGCAAGUGGUACCGGGCCACCAAAGGAGCUCCUGAACAGAUCCUGAACUUAUGCCAAGAGAAACAUGAGAUUGCUGUAAAAGUACACACCAUCAUUGACAAAUUUGCUGAGAGGGGUUUGCGGUCUCUUGCAGUUGCUUAUCAGGAAGUUCCUGAAAAAACUAAGGAGAGUCCUGGAGGCCCUUGGACAUUUUGUGGGAUGCUGCCAUUGUUUGAUCCUCCCAGACAUGAUAGUGCUGAGACCAUCCGCAGAGCGCUCAACCUUGGAGUUUGUGUCAAGAUGAUUACAGGUGACCAGUUGGCCAUUGCAAAAGAGACCGGAAGACGACUUGGCAUGGGAACAAACAUGUAUCCCUCCUCAUCAUUGUUGGGCCAUGAAAGGGAGGAACAUGAAGCUCUUCCAGUGGAUGAGCUCAUUGAGGAGGCAGAUGGUUUUGCUGGUGUAUUUCCUGAACAUAAAUAUGAAAUUGUUAAGAUUUUACAAGAAAAGAAGCAUGUUGUUGGAAUGACUGGAGACGGCGUGAAUGAUGCGCCUGCUUUGAAGAAGGCAGAUAUUGGAAUAGCAGUUGCAGAUGCUACGGAUGCUGCAAGGAGUGCUGCUGAUAUAGUCUUGACAGAGCCGGGCUUAAGUGUGAUCAUCAGUGCUGUCUUAACUAGCAGAGCAAUAUUCCAGAGAAUGAAAAAUUAUACAAUAUAUGCCGUCUCAAUAACCAUAAGGAUUGUGCUUGGUUUCGUACUUCUAGCAUUAAUAUGGGAAUACGAUUUCCCACCCUUCAUGGUUCUGAUCAUAGCAAUACUUAAUGAUGGGACCAUCAUGACUAUUUCUAAAGACCGGGUAAAGCCGUCUCCUAGACCUGACAGUUGGAAACUUAAUGAGAUAUUUGCAACUGGCAUUGUCAUUGGAACAUAUCUUGCUUUGGUUACUGUCCUGUUUUACUGGGUUGUUAUAGACACUACUUUCUUCGAGGCCCAUUUCAAUGUAAGAUCACUAUCUAGCAAUUCUGAAGAAGUCUCGUCUGCUGUAUAUCUGCAAGUCAGCAUCAUCAGCCAGGCUCUCAUCUUUGUUACACGCAGUCAAAGUUGGUCAUUCUUAGAGAGGCCUGGUACUCUAUUGAUGUGUGCAUUUGUGGUGGCUCAACUGGUGGCUACCUUAAUUGCUGUCUAUGCGCGAAUUAGUUUUGCUGACAUUAGUGGCAUUGGAUGGGGAUGGGCUGGUGUUAUAUGGUUAUAUAGUUUAAUCUUCUACGUCCCAUUGGACAUUAUCAAGUUCUUUGUCCGCUAUGCCUUGAGUGGAGAAGCAUGGAAUCUCGUAUUUGAUCGAAAGACUGCUUUUACUUCAAAGAAAGAUUAUGGAAAAGAAGACAGGGAGGCUCAGUGGGUUCUUUCGCAAAGGAGUCUACAAGGUUUGAUGUCUUUAGACUUGGAAUCCAAUGGCAGAAAAUCUCGAUCUUCUUGGAUUGCUGAACAUGCGAGGAGGCGCGCAGAAAUAGCCAGACUGGGGGAGAUGCACACGUUGAGAGGACAUGUUGAAUCGGUCAUGAGGCUAAAAAAUCUGGACUUGAAUGUGAUCCAAUCAGCUCAUACAGUAUGAGAGCGCUUUCCGUUUCGAAUUUCCAGUAGAGAAACUGACAUUUGUUGUACAAGUCAUUGAGAUGAUCAACAGCAUAUGUUUUGGAUUUGUUUGGACACAACAGGUGGGAAACACUUACCACAAAAUAACGUUAGCAGCAAGUAUUGCAUUGCUUUUGUUCAAAGGAAAGAGAGCUAUUUGUAAUGAGUCGUUGGAUGUCUUAUUUUUUGCUCACAGGAAAGUUUUUGUAAUAUUGCCAAAAACAAAAACUAAUAAAAGCUUCUCUGAGGCAAUCUGAAAUCUAUUGAAUUUGAUGAAUUUAGUCU